AUGAGCAGCCACGGGAACAGCCUGUUCUUGCGGGAGAGUGGCCAGCGGCUGGGCCGGGUGGGCUGGCUGCAGCGGCUGCAAGAGAGCCUGCAGCAGAGGGCGCUGCGCACGCGCCUGCGCCUGCAGACCAUGACCCGUGAGCACGUGCUGCGCUUCCUGCGCCGGAACGCCUUCAUCCUGCUGACGGUCAACGCGGUGGUCAUCGGGGUCAGCCUGGCCUUUGCCCUGCGCCCGUACCAGCUGACCUACAGACAGAUCAAGUACUUCUCUUUCCCUGGAGAGCUUCUCAUGAGGAUGCUGCAGAUGUUGGUGCUGCCGCUCAUUGUCUCCAGCCUGGUCACAGGUAUGGCGUCCCUGGAUAACAAGGCAACAGGCCGGAUGGGGAUGCGAGCAGCUGUGUACUACAUGGUGACCACGGUCAUUGCUGUCUUCAUUGGCAUCCUCAUGGUCACCAUCAUCCAUCCUGGGAAGGGCUCCAAGGAGGGGCUGCACCGUGAGGGCCGCAUUGAGACCAUCCCCACAGCAGAUGCCUUCAUGGACCUGGUCAGAAAUAUGUUUCCGCCCAACCUUGUGGAGGCCUGCUUCAAACAGUUCAAGACGCAGUACAGUACGAGGUUGGUAACCAGGACCAUAGUGAGGACAGAGAAUGGAUCUGAGCCGGGCACCUCCAUGCCUCCCCCAUCCUCGAUGGACAACGGAACCAGCCUCCUGGAAAAUGUCACAUGGGCUUUGGGCACCCUGCAGGAAGUGCUGAGCUUCGAGGAGACUGUGCCUGUACCUGGCUCAGCCAAUGGCAUCAAUGCCCUGGGCCUUGUGGUCUUCUCUGUGGCCUUUGGGCUGGUCAUCGGUGGCAUGAAACACAAGGGCCGAGUCCUCCGGGAUUUCUUCGACAGCCUCAAUGAGGCUAUUAUGAGGAUGGUGGGCAUCAUUAUCUGGUACGCACCUGUGGGCAUCCUGUUCUUGAUUGCUGGAAAGAUCCUAGAGAUGGAGGACAUGGCCGUCCUGGGGGGUCAGCUGGGCAUGUACACCCUGACCGUCAUCGUAGGCUUGUUCCUCCACGCUGGUGGUGUCCUGCCCCUCAUCUACUUCCUCAUCACCCACCGGAACCCCUUCCCCUUCAUCGGGGGCAUGCUGCAGGCCCUCAUCACUGCCAUGGGCACGUCUUCCAGCUCUGCCACGCUGCCCAUCACCUUCCGCUGCCUGGAGGAGGGCCUGGGUGUGGACCGACGCAUCACCAGGUUCGUGCUGCCUGUGGGGGCCACCGUCAACAUGGACGGGACCGCCCUGUACGAGGCCCUGGCCGCCAUCUUCAUCGCCCAAGUCAACAACUAUGAGCUCAACCUGGGCCAGAUCACCACUAUCAGCAUCACGGCGACAGCAGCCAGCGUUGGGGCUGCGGGGAUCCCCCAGGCGGGCCUGGUCACCAUGGUCAUUGUGCUCACAUCCGUGGGCCUACCCACUGAGGACAUCACGCUGAUCAUAGCAGUGGACUGGUUCCUUGACCGACUUCGCACAAUGACCAACGUUCUGGGAGACUCUAUCGGAGCAGCCGUCAUUGAGCAUUUAUCUCAGCGGGAGCUGGAGCUGCAGGAAGCGGAGCUCACCCUCCCUAGCCUGGGGAAGCCCUACAAGUCACUCAUGGCACAAGAGAAGGGGGCGUCCAGGGGCCGGGGAGGCAACGAGAGUGCCAUGUGAGGGGACCCCAGCCCUGCUGCCCAUAGAGGAGGGAACGGGGGCUGGGGGAGGGGGUGGUCCUAGGGAAGACCCACUGCCCAAUUGCCUGUGCUCUGAACACACAUGUUCCGUCCAGCUUGUUUGGUGGGAACUGAGAUACAGGAGCAGAAACGAAAGGGUGUCCAAGGCCUCCAUUUCUCUCUGGGCGCAUGCAGAGAACUUGUGGAGGACCGUGAACUUCGGGUCCAACAAGCUGAAGGGUGGUGGAAUUGAAGGAGGUGAGGGGUAACCACUAUUUAUCAUAAUAAAACAAUGUGUAUGGCCUCCGUGUCGGGGGUCCCCAAGA